UGCAGCCUCCCCUCUGCAAGCGUGCGGUUCGCAUGGAGCUGCUGCGCUGCUGCACGACCUCUGCAGCUUCAAAAGCAUCGUAUGCAGCGGUGCACGUCGGCGCCUGAUCGAUCCCUUUAUUGGAAAAUAAUCCAUAGCCGCAUGGUGACGUCACGCCGCUGAUAGCAGCUGGGCGGUUUGGUCGGUGGGUGGCUGCGAGCUGCGCGAGCGCCAGAGGUGUAAGGUUGCAUUUAUAACCCAUUCUGGAUUGGGGAAAUUAUGAAAUAAGACGAAGGGUAAAAAAAAAAAAAAAAAAAAAAAAAAAAAAUCACGAGGAGCGCGAGGACGUGCAUGGGAUUGUUUGUUUGUGACGUCGGCGGAUGGGAAAUGUAGCUGUCACAGCCGCUUGCUGGAGGAGGAUGGAUGCGUAACAGGACAGAUUGAGCCAGCUGUGGCCUGCUUCUAACAGCAACAUCUGGCCGGGUUAGAAAGGGUGCCUCAGCAGCAAGCCGGCUCUGGACUAUCGCAGAGAGGUGGAGGAGAUGGAGGAGAGCGACGCAGAAGGGGAAGUGCCUGUGGCGGUCAAAGAGGGCCCGAGCGCUCGCAGUCACCAGUCGGACUCCAGCACCACCACCACAACCAACCUCCUGGCUUCUGUCAAAGAGCAGGAACUCCAGUUUGAGCGUCUGACUCGGGAGCUGGAGGAGGAGCGGCAGAUUGUGGCAAGCCAGCUGGAGAAGUGCAUGCUGGGAGCAGAGUCACCAGCAGGGGAAAGUAGCAGCUCAUCUGAGAAGUCGUUUGCAUGGAGAUCUGCAGGUGGAGAGUCUCAAGGUGGAGCCUUGGAGGCAUCUGGAUGUCCAAGACGUCACCUGGAGGCAGAGGAAGGACUCUACCUGCCUGACGCAGACCGUGCAUCCCUGCAUGACAGUGAGGGCUCAGGAGGUCACUCAGCCCAAAUGACCUCGUAUUCAGACAGCGGUUACCAGGACAGCAGCGUUAGCUACUAUAGCAACCAGAAUGUGGUGCGUUCAGAGCCCCGAGCUUCGAUAUCAAGAAGCCCAAGAGCAGAGGGUCAAGCAUCUGGGCAGGCAUCCAGCCGGGUGUUACGAAGGAUGGCUUCCCUCCCCUCCAGAAGCCAGUCUCCUGGCUGUGGUACUGCCGGCACAGUCUCGCCCUCCCGCGUCUCCCUACGAACAUCCCAAGGCAGCACAUAUGACUCGCCCAUUCUGUCUGAGCCCAAACCACUGGCUACCAUCUUCCCUGGUACUACCAUGCCACCCUCCUGCCCAUCACCAACCUCCCCGAGUGAUGUCACCCAGGGUCGGGGAAAUGCAGGUGUAGUUGGUGGAGGAGGAGGUGGGGGACGGCUGGGCUCCACACUGUCCUUAAUCGAGGGCAGGGGUUUGUCCGGGUCACCGCUUCGUUCGGGGAUGACGGCGGUGCCACAGCACUACGGCUCCACACUGCCCAGGCAGAGCCAGCCACUGGCCUACGGCGCUGAUCCGUACGGCCUGUACCAGAGGAGCGCUCUGCCCCGGCCCGACAGCCUCAUAGGGCUCCACAGCUCAUAUGCCGGUCAUGGGGCGCAGAUAGAUCCAGAGCUGAGGGCGGCCUUGUCUCCAGACUGCCACAUGACGCCUGUUUUUGAUGAACGCUCAUUUCAAAGCCCACUGUACCACAGCCCCACCCAUGAUCCCCAGGGCUCCCUCUACAGGACUAAUGCAGGUAUGGGGACCCUCCCUCGGGCCACAAGCCAUUGCGGAACGCUGCCAUACCAAAGAAGCAGCUAUGGGCUGAGCUCUGCAGCUGUGUACAUUGACCCCAUCAGGGUGUCUGAGCCCGUCUACUCUCACAGGCACUCUGCACUGGUGGACCGUGUCAUCACCCGAACCCCAUCAAUCGAGAGCAUCCAUAAGGACCCAAGGGAGUUUGCAUGGCGAGACCCAGAGCUGCCAGAAGUCAUCCACAUGCUGCAGCAUCACUUCCCCUCCGUCCAAGCCAACGCCGCCGCCUACCUGCAGCACCUGUGCUAUGGAGACAACAGGGUCAAGGUGGAGGUGUGUCACUUGGGAGGGAUCCAACACCUGGUGGACCUCCUGGACCAUAAGGUGGCCGAGGUUCAGAAGAGCGCCUGCGGGGCCUUGAGGAACUUGGUGUACGGCAAGGCCACCGACAACAACAAGGUGGCGCUGAGGAACUGCGGUGGCGUCCCUGCUCUCCUGCGGCUCCUCAGGAAAACGACUGAUAAUGAAGUUCGUGAGCUGGUCACUGGUGUGCUGUGGAACCUCUCCUCCUGUGACGCAGUGAAGAUGACCAUCAUCCGCGAUGCCCUAACAACACUGACCAACACGGUGGUCAUCCCCCACUCUGGCUGGAGCAGUGUUUCUCAUCGUGAUGAGCACAAAGUCAAGUUCCAGUCCUCACUGCUGCUGCGCAACACCACCGGUUGCCUGAGGAACCUGAGCUCAGCGGGGGAGGAGGCGAGGAGUCAGCUGCGCUGCUGUGAAGGUCUGGUCGACUCGCUGCUGCACGUCCUCAAAGCCUGCGUCAACACCUCCGACUAUGACAGCAAGAUUGUGGAGAACAGUGUCUGCACCCUGAGGAACCUUUCAUAUCGGCUGGAGGUGGAGAUGCCCUCCUCCCGUCUCCUUGGCAACCAGGAGCUGGACACCCUGCUGGGCUUUUCCUCACCGGCCAAAGAACUAGACUACCUCUGCUGGGGGAAGAGGAGGCACAGCAGGAAGAGGAGUGGCUGGCCUGAGGGCAAGUGGGAUGGCGUUGGGCCCAACCCGGGUUUCUCUCAGUCUCUGAGAGGAGCAGAGCUGCUGUGGCACCCGAUGGUGGUGAAGCCAUACCUCAACCUGCUGGCUGAAAGCUCCAACCCCGCCACGCUGGAGGGCGCCGCCGGCUCCCUGCAGAACCUCUCUGCUGGAAACUGGAAGUUCUCGGCCUACAUCCGAGCAGCGGUGCGUAAGGAGAAAGGUUUGCCCAUCCUGGUGGAGCUGCUGAGGAUGGACAACGACCGGGUCGUCUGCUCCGUCGCCACUGCCCUCCGAAACAUGGCACUUGAUGGCCGCAACAAGGAGCUGAUAGGAAAGUACGCCAUGCGGGAUCUAGUGAACCGGCUGCCCGGCAGCAGUCCCACGGUGCUGUCAGACGACACGGUGGCGUCGGUCUGCUGCACGCUGCACGAGGUCACUAGUCGCAACAUGGAGAACGCCAAAGCUUUAGCUGACAGCGGAGGCAUCGAGAAGCUGGUGGACAUCAGUAAAGGACGAGGGAAAGGGUACUCAAUGAAAGUUGUGAAGGCGGCAGCUCAGGUGUUGAACACACUGUGGCAGUACAGAGAGCUGAGGGGCCUGUACAAGCAGCACACUUAUAUUUUCCCACAAUUUGAACAGGAUGGAUGGAACUACACCCACUUCGUCACCCCCGUCUCCAAUCUGGAGCGAGAUCGCUACCGCUCCCAGCCGACCCUGCCAACCAGCCCGCUGCAGAUGUCCCCUGUCAUCCAAUCAGGCGGCAGUGCAACAUCCUCACCUGCGAUGCUCGGGAUAAGACGACACAGCUCAAACUAUCAGAGGGCCCAGUCAUCUAUGCAACUUAACACAUAUUAUGGAGACAGUUUACAGAAACGGCAGUACACAGGGUCAGAGAAGAAAACCCCAUAUUUUAUUGGGACGUAUUCCUCCCAGUCAGGAGAGGAUCUACGAAGAUCACAGCACCCAGAGCCCUUCUACGAUGAGCCCGACAGGAAGAACUACAACAGCUACAGAAUGUACCUGUCGUCCCCUCAAGGCUACAGCGAGGAGCACUACGAGGACGAGCCAUUCCACCUGACCCCGUCCUCCCCUGACGGCUACGCCACCCAGUCACUCCGAUUUAAAGCGAACACCAACUACGUGGACUUUUACUCCACCACGCGGAGGCCUUCAAACAGGGCAAACAAGUUCACCGGCUCCCCCGACUCCUGGGUGUAGACGCAGCGUGAACACGGCUUCACCGUGACAGCUGUGUGUUUCUGCAGAUGUUUGUGGGUGUGAGGAGUGCACACAUGCGUGUGUUGUGCUGUAUGAUUGUGAGAGGAUGCAGAUGCAUGUGAAUGUGUGAGCAUUUGUGUUGAAACCGUGCUGAACGACCGGGGCUUGUUUUGUCUGCGCAGCUUUCGAAUAAGCAUAAUUUCCAGGCUGCAAAAUCAAGUUAAACCUCCCACCAUGCAUCUAGAAAACCUGAAUUUUUUUUACAUUCAGUCCAGAAUUUUGCUCUUGGUUAAUAUUUAGGUUUUUAUUAGAUUGAUUGUGAGGGAUCGUGAAAAAAUGUUUGCAAGCUAACGCUGACGUGAAAUGAGUCCAGUUGAUUAUUUUCAUGAGAAAUUUCUAAAUAUUUUUUGAUAGGUUUCUUGGGUUUUAACAUAAUUAUAGUAAAAUAAAUUGAACUAAAUUGUUUUAAGACAUCAUGGCAUGUUUCACCUAAUAAGUAAUUAAAUAAAUAAACUAGGGAAAUAUUCUUAGACAUGGAAUAAAUUUAGAAGCGCAGUUUGCAGUGAAGUUAUUUAUUUCAGGAGGUUUUUAAUUCCCCAAGACAUAUCUGUAUUCCAGCUUAUUUAUUUAAAUAACGGAGCAUGGUUACUGGAUUUGGAUCAGAACCUGUCUGUGAGCAAGACCUGAGCCCAAAUUUGCCUUAACACUGGGUUAGUGGGUAUAUCAUAACUCAAAAGAUAUUUAAGACCAUUCCUCACUUAUUAAAUCUUUAUGUCAAUCUUCACAUUGAGAACACAAUCCUGUCACACACAAUUACAGUUUCUAUUCUAAUGUGGGAUCAAGUAUCUUGUUCAUGGACCCUUUGGUACUGGUGCUAACGUUUGACUCCGAUAACCACACCUCACCUUUAGUAAACAUUUCCUUCAUCAGACUGCAGGAGUAUUAAAAAGGAAAGAAAUGGAGGCGAUGGAAAUACAUGGAGCAUUCAAAAUGGAUAUCAAUACUUUAAACAAACUAAAAUGGAGGGAUUUUAUAUGUGAAGUCAUUGGAUUAAAGCAGCUUGGCUCCAAUUUGCAUCCUUGCUUCCUUUCCUCCAUGUCAGACUUUGCAGCUUCCCUGCUGUCUGCUAACACCAACCAGCUUAGUCGAAAGCUGCUUUUAGGGAUAAAACUGGCCCCAACUUGCUGUUUACUGGAGUGUUUGUUCAUGACUUCAUUUCCCUCUGCAGUAAAAAAUGUGCGGUGUGUUGGCUUUAUAACAUAAAUAUCAUCUGCCAGCAUCAUUUUAAAUAUGAGACAGAAGGAACUUGAAGUUGAGGACCAGAUGUUGGAUAAAUUUUUGUCAAGACGGGAUGGAAGUUGCUCUAAAAAGGGAAAAAGUGAAUUAAAAAUGAGCGUCCUCACUCUUGGGAACCUUCAGAGACUCAGAACUCUGGUUACGACCGUAACUCAUAACGUUGACUAAAAGUGCAGUAUAUCAUAAAAUAUGUGAAAUACACUGGGGAGAAAAAGACAAAACAUAUUUAAAAAAAUCUAUUUGUACAGAUACAAUGGUUUAACUGUCCUGUUCCAUUGUUGUAUUCACUAUGUAGAACUUUAUAUGUGAUUAUGUGGAGAAGAUUUUUCUAUAAUUUAAUUAUUUUUAUUAAUUUGUGACCUGACCAGAAUACCCCGUCUGUCUGUUUUGUCCAAACUGAUGAUGUGCGAUGUUGCAGAGGGAAAAUAUAUGUAUAGGGAUUAAAGAUUAUAUGAGGA